GAAAGUCUGAAGGAUUAUAAUGGACUGGUGAGGUAAGUAGUGAAAACGCCUCUCGACUUAAGAGUGGGGGAGAUUACAAGGAGGGGAAAGAGGGGGAAAGAAGAAAUAGUAGGAGAAGAGUCGGGAAGAGGUUAUAUGGACUGGGAUUUGAAGACGCCUUUGUGGGAUUUAGCGGAAUUGGAGAGGGAAACCAUCCCCAACUUGACCCCACGUAUUGGGUCUAGUGACUUAGGAGGCCAGAAGUCUAUAGGGGAUUUCUCGGUUGAUUUGAAGCUGGGAAGGCUGGGUGAUUUCGGAGAUGGGUCUGUGGACAAGUUGAAGGACCAGAGGAUCUCGACAAUGGUGUCAGCAUCUCCAUCAAGUUCUUCGAAGAGGGCUCGGGCGCCUAGUAAUGCAAACCAGGCGGCGUCGUGUUUGGUUGAUGGGUGCACCUCCGACCUCAGUAACUGCAAAGAUUAUCACAGACGUCAUAAAGUCUGUGAGGUCCAUUCUAAGACACCAACGGUGAUGAUAGGAGGCCAGGCGCAGCGCUUCUGUCAGCAGUGCAGCAGGUUCCACUUGCUAAUGGAGUUUGAUGAGGUGAAGAGAAGCUGUAGGAAACGUCUGGAUGGGCAUAACCGGCGCCGAAGAAAGCCUCAGCCAGAAUCCCUAUCCAUGAAUUCUGGAAGCUUCUUCUCCAAUCACCAAGGUUCCAGGUUGUUGCCAUAUACCAGUCCACAAAUAUUUUCCCCAGCUUCUAUGUUGAGUGCAACCUGGACUGGAGUGGUCAAAACUGAGGAAGAUGCGACACUUUAUAACCGUCACUUCAUCAACAGACAAAAUCCAUUUACUGGAUCCUUCUCUCACGACUACAAAGGAGGAGGGAAGCAAUUUCCCUUCGUGGCAAGUAAUGCCACCACACUAGCAAAUCAAACAGCCCCAGAAGCUUCUGUGUGCCAGCCGCUUCUUAAUACCAUUACCUCAUCUCAAAGUGAGAGUGGUAGGAAUAUUUUCUCCAAUGGGUUAUCUAGAGUCCAUGACUCGGAUUGUGCUCUCUCUCUUCUGUCAUCACCGUCAACACAGACUUCAGGGAUCAGUUUGAACAAUUUGAAUCACGUGGUGCAUCCAGAAUCCAUUCCCAUGGCUCAUCCUCUAAUUCCAGGUCUGCAGUACAGUGGCCUAGGUCGGUAUCCUUCCUCACGGGUAAUGGAGGAUGAGCAGGUGGGUUCGGUAUUGGUUACUGAAACAAGUGACGCUGACCUCCAUUGCGAGGGGAUCUUUCAUGUCGGAUCUGAUGGUUCUUCCCAAACUGUGGGCCAACAGACACUUCCUUUCGCUUGGGAGUGGGCUAAACUCCGGUGAUUGUUCCUAUUGUGAAUUGUUCAAGCAUUCAAUUAGUUAGAAUUCUUUUUCCUUUCCAUGGUUGGUUGUUUAAGAUGUUUCUGCCAUAAUAUACAUACUCGUUUUCUUCUUGGAUUUUAGCAUCA